AAGAAUUAGAAGAGGAAGAUUUGUCUAAUUUGGAAGAGGAUUUAAACCAUUUAGAAGAAUUUGGUAAAUAUUUAGAUGGGUGGGCAAAAAUGCUAGAGGAAGAAAUUUUUAAUGAUUUUGAUAUGCAAUCUGAUAAUUACAAAUCAUCCAUAGCAAUUAAUGAUUUUAUUCAUCUUGUGAUUUAUCCAUAUACAAAAUGGGAUUUAGGAACACUUUUUAAAGAAUUAGAAGUUCUUUUUAAGGAAUAA